AAUUUCCGUUCUUCAUUUUAUCCUCAACUUCUCAUCUCCUCUCCGAAUAGCGUCCGUCUGGGUUCGUUUCUUGGUGCGCUCCGCCAAAGGCUUAAACUUUAACCCUUCAAGAAUGAUUCAAGUGAAUUUGGGAAACUAAGCAACUUUCUGAAGUGGGUUCUUGCUUUGGAGGAAAAAAAAUUGCGAAUUUGCUUGACGGGUAUCAGUACACAUUUGAGGAUGAUGUCAGUGACCUGCCAGUACUACCAUAGUCUUGAGUAUGGAAGAAGUAGACUGUACUUUGCAGCUAAUGGGUGCCCUAUAAGAAAUACCGACAAGUGUGCUGUUACCAGGGGCUUCAAGGCUCAGAAAUCGCUGUGUUGCAGGCGUUAUGCCGGCCGGUGCCGGGUCUUUUCUACAGAGAGCUUGGGCAGUCUGGUUAAUGCUGCUGCACCUCCUCCUGUGUUGAAUUUGAUGGGAAAGUCCAGAGGUCCUGUUUGUCUUACAAGUUUGUUUGAGUUGGUUGCUGAUGACCUCCUUAUGCUGAACAAGAACUUACAGUCUGUGAGUAUUAAUUGAAAGUGCCCCCACCCCACCCCAUCUUAGUUGCUCUUCUGAAGAACUCUUGUUUUGGGCCUUUAUAUCAAGUUAUCCCACACAAAUACAAUGCACAUACGGCAUGGAGGGUGAAGCUCUCAAUUAGGGGUGUUUGUCACUUCUGUUUGGCUGUUGCAGUUUUGGUAGUCCGAUUUUCAAAAAUGCGAAACUAAGAAACGAACCAAGAGGCUUAGGUUGGUUUUGGCUACGUUAUCUUUGGUUGUUUUGGCAUAUUUCAGCCAGUUUUAUCUGUUUGUUAGGUUUUUAAAGCAUGAUUCGUAAACUGUAAACCGAAUUGAUUAUGAGUUGGUGAUUGGUUUUAUUCAAUCUUGUUUCCUUCAGUUUGCUGGUCUGAUUCGGUUUGUCGUUUUUCAGCCCUAGGUCCUAGCCUCAAAGAAGUUAUUAUGUGAUUACAGCAUACAAGUUUGAAUAGUAUAGUUGGGACCAGUUCAGAUUACUGUCAGUUUCUUGUUUUAUGAAUGUAAAAGGUAUGUGAUUUAUGUUAUCUAAUGAAGUAAAGAAUAUAUCAAACUAGAGUAAGAAUGUUAGGUUUGAAAGCUGCCAGCAGUAAACUGAAAAUGACUUUAUCCGGUUUUUAAAAUUUUGUUUUUAGUUUCCAAUAAAAAGAGGAAAUGUUACUGAAUGAGGCCUUAUUGCUACUCUUAAUUGUUUGCUCAAGCUUAAUCUUUAAAUCGUUCUUGAGUUAGACACUAACUGCGAUGACAUUUUAGGCGGACUUCUAUCCUUAACCACCUAUUAGAUCUUUCAUAUCACUUCAUACAGAAAUCUGAUUGAAACCAUCUCUUAGAUUGUAGGUGCAGAUAACCCAGUUUUAGUGUCUGCAGCGGAACAGAUUUUUGGUGCUGGUGGGAAAAGGAUGAGACCCGCUUUGGUUUUUCUUGUUGCUCGAGCGACAUCAGAAAUGGUUGGCCUGACGGAACUGACUAAGGAACAUAGGCGGCUAGCUGAAAUCAUAGAAAUGAUACACACUGCAAGUUUGAUUCACGAUGAUGUUUUGGAUGAAAGUGACAUGCGCAGAGGAAAGGAAACUGUCCAUCACUUGUAUGGUACAAAGGUUGCAGUGCUGGCUGGUGAUUUCAUGUUUGCACAAUCAUCAUGGUACCUAGCUAACCUUGAAAAUCUUGAAGUCAUAAAGCUUAUAAGCCAGGUUAUUAAGGAUUUCGCGAGCGGUGAAAUAAAGCAGGCAUCCAGUUUGUUUGACUGUGAUGUUGAACUGGAAGAAUACUUGAUCAAGAGUUACUACAAAACAGCUUCAUUAAUUGCAGCUAGCACGAAGGGAGCUGCCAUAUUCAGUGGGGUCCACAAGGAGACAAGUGAGCAGAUGUAUCAAUAUGGGAGGAAUCUUGGUCUAUCCUUCCAGAUAGUCGACGACAUACUAGACUUCACUCAAUCAGCAGAGCAGUUGGGGAAGCCGGCCGGCAGUGACCUGGCAAAGGGAAACCUCACUGCCCCCGUGAUCUUUGCACUACAAAAGGAGCCUAAACUUAGGGAUUUGAUUGAAUAUGAAUUCUGUGAAACUGGAUCUCUAGAGAAGGCCAUCAGGGUUAUCAAGAACUGUGGAGGGAUUGAGAGAGCUCAAGAGUUGGCAAAAGAGAAAGCAGAUAUGGCCAUUCAGAAUCUCAGGUGCCUUCCUCCUAGUCCUUUCAGAAUAGGACUGGAGGAAAUGGUGACUUAUAAUCUUGAAAGAAUUGAAUAGGAUGAACUUUCUUUGUGGAUAUGAAGCACAUAUCCAAUGAUGUAUGUGAUGAUGGCACACUAAACUUUAAUAGUUUAGAGCAUCACAGAAGAGUAAAGCAUUCUUAUGUAGCCAUUUGGAUUCUUGUAAUGAGCCAGCUCUUGCACCUCCUUAUUAGUUGUAUACUCCCAUAAGAGGUCAUGAGCAGCCUAUAGCUUGUAGCGUAUAUGUGUAUACCUUUAUUUAGCUUUUUUGCAAAGGAGAAUGAAUACAUUAUGUGUUGUGAAAAUAAUGGUACCAUACUUAGUGCCCUUUUGGUUCAUUUCCAAAUUGUAGAGUGGUUAUUAUUAUUAUUUGGACAUUCAAUAAUUAGCCAUCUCUUCUAUUGUUGCAU